AUGGUGAAAGUCUAUACUUGUUCUCGUGCUAAAAGGGCAAAUACAUCUCGCAACGGUGGUAUAGAGGUUGUCGAACCAGGCGAUCCCAGUUGGCGUGCAUCGACCGCAUUCGAUAGCGAGUACACCUGUGAUUUCUGUCUGGGUGACGAGCGGUUGAAUAAAAAGACCGGCCGACCGGAAGGCAUGCUUCGAUGCUCGGACUGUGGGCGUUGUGCACAUUUCUUUUGUCUCCAGUUCACCACUAACAUGAUUGCCUCAGUGAAAACCUAUCGCUGGCAGUGCAUCGAGUGCAAAACAUGUUGGCUCUGUGGCACUUCGGAAAAUGAUGAACAGAUGCUGUUUUGUGAUGACUGUGAUCGUGGAUAUCAUAUGUACUGUCUCUCCCCGCCCUUAUCCGAGCCGCCUGAGGGUAGCUGGAGCUGCAAAUUAUGCGUCGAACAUUUCCAAGAGUCCGCAGCCUCUAAUCAAAAUCCUCCUGACUCGAUGCCUAAGAGCAUGAAAACCACGGAGUCGCAUGAUCACGGCACAGACAGCGAUAGGUGUACCCUCCUACCGGUUAUGACGUUGAACAAUGGAUUACCAGCAUCAGUACCACCACUACCGCCCUCAGGAAUGCAAUCGUAA